CAUCUUCUCCUCCUCCCUCACAGCGCAAGCCUAGGGACGCGACGAAACAGUCCCCCCUGCUCCACGAUGCCGCCCAGUCGCUCCGCCUCCGCGCCAGAGACGGCGGCGCUGCUCGUGUCCGUGAUGAAGGACAAUGCGGAGCUCAAGUCGGUGCUCGAAGUGAAGACGAAGGACGUUCAGGCGGCGGAGCAUGCGUUGAUGCUGCUCGUUGAGGAGAACCAUUCGCUCAGCAAGCAGGAGGCCAACAAGGCGCGGGAAGACGCGGAGAUGGUGCAGAGACGGCUCAAGCAUACUGUUGAGAGAUUGGAGGAUGCCGAGGACGACACUGAGCGCCUGAAGUCGGCAUUGCGGGAGCGGGAAAAGACGAUUGCGCGGCUUGAGGAGGAGAACGCGAUGCUGACGGAGGCGAAUGAGCAUCUCAGUCGCAGGAGGGAAGACCAGGACAGCUAUAAGGAACGGUACUCGACACAGCAGCCGUCCCAAGCCCGUAUCUCGCGUUUUUCGUCAAAGUAUCCAUCAGACAACAAGAAGGGACAUGGACGGUCUACCUCGACGUCGGUGCCCAGUCCUGUCGUACCACCCCCACCAUAUUCCAGUUCCCCUACUCUCGUCAAGCCGUCAUUCGUGCUUGACCGAAACCGAACCCUCCCUGGAUGGAAUGCUGAGAAGCGAGUGAACGAGCGGACGAUCUUGAAUGAAUAUAUGUACAGCCUGCCUCUGCCAACCAACCUCCGAAUGGACAAGUUCGACGAGGCCAACGCGGUGCAGCGGUUUGACUCCGCUGACAACAUUUACGAGGAUUUCCCCAGCAUCCGCCCUCCGCUAUUCCUUCCCGGCCGCAUGUUGUGGGUAAAACCGCGAGGGGGCCACGCGCUCGCAUAUGCGCCGACACACGAAUACGUCGGUGACGCCUGGCGCGAGCACUCUCACCUGACGACAUUUGCCGCCGCCUCGCUGGAGGUCGACCUCCUCUUCAGCCACCAAGAGCGGCUCUACUACGCGGGUGUGUACCGCGUGCUGAGCUUGCGCGGCGUCGCGGGGUAUACCCCCGGCGGAGAAAUCCCGACCUCCGAAAUCUCGCAGCCCGCUGUCUUCCGUGCGAUGCACAUACGCCAAUAUGCACCAGAAGACGUGGCCAAGCUGCAGCGCAACCCCGCGUUCGUCGAGGGACGGCCGACGGUCGAGUGCUUCGGGCUGCAGUUCCUGUGCUACGACGAUCGUCUGAGGGACACGCUGUGUGCGCGGUUUGCCAGUGCGGCGGGGCGGUUGAUGGACCGCAUCGGCGGGAAGCGCAAGUGGGAUCAGCGGGAGGAGGAGGGAGCGAUGGGGAAGAAGGCGAAGUCCGCCGGCGAUGUGAAGGAGAAGCAGCCGCUGUACGAGCAUAAGGUGUGGGUCCGGCCGGGGUUGUAA